UGUAUUCCAGUGAACCCCUUUAUCACCACCACCCCGACUCCCCCCACCAUGAAUCAACAAGAAAAGAAACCAAGAAGAACAGAGCAUUGAAGCUCUUUCUUUCUUUUUUUCUUUCUUUCUUUCUUUCUUUCUUUCAUCGACUUGAAUAUUCUUGAUUACAGCUUGAAUCAUUCAAGUUCGAUAGUAUCCAUCACACACAAUGGAGCGUGCACGCAGGCUAGCAAACAAAGCCAUCCUCGGGCGCCUGGUUUCACAAACCAAACAAAACCCAUCAUCCCCUGCGCUCUAUUCGCCUUCAAGGUAUGUCUCCUCUUUGACUCCAUACGUAUGUAGUGGUAGUGGCAGAAACGUUAGAUCAGAAAGAACCAUCAAUGGGUUCGGUUCGCAUACGCAAUCGCAAGUUCGAUCUAUAUCAGUAGAUGCAUUAAAACCAAGUGACACCUUCCCACGCCGCCAUAACUCCGCCACCCCAGAUGAACAAACCAAAAUGGCCGAAUUUGUCGGUUUUCCAAAUCUCGAUUCCCUCAUUGACGCCACUGUACCCAAAUCAAUCCGUCUUGAAUCAAUGAAAUUCCCUAAGUUCGAUGAAGGCUUAACCGAAUCCCAAAUGAUCGCACACAUGCAAGAUUUAGCUUCCAAGAAUAAGAUCUACAAGUCCUUCAUCGGUAUGGGAUACUACAACACAUCUGUUCCUCCAGUCAUUCUAAGAAACAUCAUGGAAAACCCUGGUUGGUAUACACAGUACACUCCAUAUCAGGCGGAAAUCGCACAGGGACGUUUAGAAUCCCUGCUCAAUUUCCAGACCAUGAUCACCGAUCUCACUGGUUUACCCAUGUCAAACGCUUCCCUACUCGAUGAAGGAACUGCGGCUGCUGAAGCUAUGGCGAUGUGUAACAACAUCCAAAAGGGUAAAAAGAAAACCUUUAUCAUCGCAAGUAACUGCCACCCACAAACAAUCGAUAUCUGUAAAACUAGAGCAGAUGGGUUUGAUCUAAAAGUCGUCACUUCUGAUCUCAAGGAUUUCGAUUACUCAUCUGGUGAUGUGUGUGGAGUUCUUGUUCAGUAUCCAGGGACCGAAGGUGAGUUGUUGGACUAUGGUGAGUUCAUCAAGAACGCACAUGCAAAUGGUGUGAAAGUUGUCAUGGCUACUGAUUUGUUAGCUCUGACUGUGUUAAAACCUCCUGGUGAGUUUGGAGCCGAUAUUGUUGUGGGUUCUGCUCAAAGAUUCGGUGUCCCAAUGGGUUAUGGAGGUCCACACGCAGCCUUUUUAGCAACUUCCCAGGAAUAUAAAAGAAUGAUGCCCGGAAGAAUCAUCGGUGUCAGUGUGGAUUCUUCCGGAAAGCCGGCUUUACGUAUGGCCAUGCAGACAAGAGAACAGCAUAUUAGAAGAGACAAAGCAACCAGCAACAUCUGCACAGCUCAGGCAUUGCUUGCAAACAUGGCUGCUAUGUUUGGCAUCUACCAUGGACCAGAAGGGUUAAAGACCAUUGCACAAAGAGUUCAUGGUCUUGCUGCAACUUUUGCUGCUGGGUUGAAGAAGCUUGAAACAGUUCAAGUUCAAGAACUUCCCUUUUUUGACACUGUGAAGAUAACAUGUGCUGAUUCCAGUGUAAUAGCUGAAGAAGCUGAUAAACAUCAGAUAAAUCUUCGUAUUGUUGACAAAAACACUAUCACUGUCUCUUUUGAUGAGACAACAACGAUUGAAGAUGUUGAUAAUCUGUUCAAAGUUUUCGCCUUGGGAAAACCCGUGACAUUCAGUGCCACGUCACUUGCACCAGAGGUUCAGGAUGUUAUCCCUUCCGGACUUGUCAGGGAGACUCCAUAUUUGACUCAUUCGAUUUUCAACACUUACCAUACGGAGCAUGAGCUGCUAAGAUACAUUAGUAAGCUGCAGUCAAAGGAUCUGUCAUUAUGCCACAGUAUGAUUCCUCUGGGAUCUUGCACCAUGAAGCUUAAUGCAACUACAGAGAUGAUGCCUGUGACAUGGCCAGCCUUUGCAGAUAUGCAUCCUUUUGCUCCUACCCAACAGGCACAGGGGUAUCAGGAAAUGUUCAAGAAUUUGGGUGACAUGUUGUGUACCAUAACCGGAUUUGACUCUUUCUCUUUGCAACCAAAUGCUGGAGCUGCUGGAGAAUAUGCUGGGCUGAUGGUUAUCCGGGCUUAUCAUAUGGCGAGAGGAGAUCAUCAUCGUAAUGUGUGUAUCAUCCCUGUGUCUGCACAUGGAACAAAUCCUGCAAGUGCUGCUAUGUGUGGAAUGAAAAUUAUUACUGUGGGAACUGACUCCAAAGGUAAUAUCAAUAUUGAAGAGGUACGCAAGGCUGCUGAGGCAAACAAGGAGUAUCUAUCUGCUCUUAUGGUUACCUAUCCUUCUACUCAUGGAGUCUAUGAGGAGGGUAUUGAUGAGAUUUGCAAGAUUAUUCAUGACAAUGGAGGUCAAGUUUACAUGGAUGGAGCUAACAUGAAUGCACAGGUUGGAUUAACAAGUCCAGGGUGGAUUGGUGCUGAUGUUUGUCAUCUAAACCUUCACAAGACAUUUUGCAUUCCACAUGGUGGUGGUGGGCCCGGAAUGGGCCCAAUUGGUGUGAAGAAACACUUGGCACCCUACUUGCCUUCACACCCUGUGGUUGCAACUGGAGGCAUACCUGCCCCUGAGCACAGUAAGCCACUUGGCACGAUUUCAGCAGCACCUUGGGGUUCAGCACUUAUCUUGCCUAUAUCAUAUACAUACAUUGCCAUGAUGGGAUCUCAAGGACUUACAGAUGCAUCCAAGAUAGCUAUCUUGAAUGCAAACUAUAUGGCAAAACGUCUUGAGAGUCACUAUCCCAUUCUUUUCCGUGGUGUGAAUGGAACAGUUGCCCAUGAGUUCAUCGUUGAUUUGAGACCCUUGAAAACAAGUGCUGGAAUAGAGCCAGAAGAUGUUGCAAAACGUCUGAUUGAUUACGGGUUUCAUGGCCCAACAAUGUCAUGGCCCGUUCCAGGAACACUCAUGAUUGAACCUACUGAAAGUGAAAGCAAGGCUGAGUUGGACAGGUUUUGUGAUGCUUUGAUCUCCAUUAGACAAGAAAUAGCAGAAAUUGAGAAAGGAACAGUGGACAUCAACAACAAUGUCAUCAAGGGAGCACCUCAUCCACCACAACUACUCAUGGCUGAUAAGUGGACAAAACCAUACUCCAGAGAAUAUGCAGCUUACCCUGCACCAUGGCUUCGUGCUGCUAAGUUCUGGCCUACUACAUGCCGUGUGGACAAUGUGUAUGGUGAUCGGAACCUGAUCUGCACCCUUCAGCCACCACAGGAGUAUGAAGAGAAAGCUGAAGCUACUGCUUAAGAAAUAAGAAGAUAUACACGUGAAUGAUGUGAUGUGGUUUUAAGGUUCUUUUUCAGCUUUAUACUUAAAUCUGUUCUUGUAUAUACCUGUUUCGUAUUUGUAAGCCGUAUAUGGCUGCUGCUGGCUUUUUAUGGUAUUAUUCAUGUAAAAUCAUGGUGACCAGCUGCUCUUAAUUAUAGCAAUUCCUUCUCAUCA